AUGGGAAACGGGAUGUGCUCCCGAAAGCAGAAGCGGAUCUUCCAGACGCUGCUGCUACUCACGGUGAUCUUCGGCUUUCUCUAUGGCGCGAUGCUCUACUUGGAACUGCAGACCCAGCUGCGCAAAGCUGAGGCGGUGGCGCUCAAGUAUCAGCAGCACCAAGACUCACUCUCUGCCCAAUUGCAAGUUGUAUACGAACACAGAUCAAGACUAGAGAAAUCUUUGCAAAAGGAGAGGCUUGAGCACAAGAAAGCAAAGGAAGAUUUCCUUGUCUAUAAGUUAGAAGCACAAGAAACACUGAACAAAGGAAGGCAAGAUUCCAAUAGCAGAUACAGUGCAUUGAAUGUCCAGCAUCAGAUGCUGAAAAGCCAGCAUGAGGAGCUCAAGAAGCAGCACAGUGAUUUGGAAGAGGAACACCGUAGGCAAGGGGAAGACUUCAGCAGAACAUUCAAUGACCACAAGCAGAGAUACCUGCAGCUUCAGCAAGAAAAGGAACAAGAACUUUCUAAACUGAAAGAAACUGUCUAUAAUCUGAGAGAAGAGAAUAAACAACUAAGAAAAGCACACCAAGACAUUCACACGCAGCUUCAGGAUGUCAAGCAACAGCAUAAGAAUUUACUCUCCGAGCAUGAACGGCUUGUAGUGACUCUGGAAGACCACAAGAGUGCACUGGCUGCUGCACAGACUCAAGUCGCAGAAUACAAACAGCUGAAAGACACUCUCAACAGGAUCCCGAGCUUGCGAAAUCCUGAGCCAGCAGAGCAGAGGAACAUUUCCUUUUCCCAGGGGACUCCACAAGGUUACAGCGUGAGAGAGAAGCCAACAGGAGAGCUAAGAGAGGUGCCUCUAAAUAACGAGGUGUGGCAGAACCGUGAGGCAGUGCCGAGAAAGAUGGAAGAGAAACCUUUCUCGUCCGUGCAGAAGGAAACCGGCUUUCAGGCUCCAGCAGAGCAGAACCACGUGGAACCCAGAGAGCCCGAGGAGCAUCAGGUGGAAGAGGAGCACAGGAAGGCACUGGAAGAGGAGGAGAUGGAGCAGGUCGGGCAGGCAGAGCGUCUAGAGGAGGAACAUGACCCCUCGCCGGAGGAGCAGGAUCGGGAGUGGCGAGAUCAGCGGGGACAGGAUGCCGCCCACCUUCUGGAUGGCCGCCCUCAAGCUGAGGCGGACCAUCCCACCAAGGCAGGGACGAGUUUCCGAUCCCCCUAUGAGGAGCAGCUGGAACAGCAGAGACUGGCAGCGAGGAGGGAUGAGGAAGCCCAGAGACUGAGAGAACACCAGGAAGCUUUGCACCAACAGAGACUGCGGGACCACUUGCUACGCCAACAGCAGCAGGAGCAGCUCCUGGCCAGGGAGGGCGCUCCUCAAAAGCAGGCAGAGCAUGAGGAAGACCAGCAGCGGCAGCCGCAGCACCCAGAGCAGCUAAGGCAGCAAGUUCAUUACAAUGCCGUGGAGAAUGACAUCGUGCAGGGGGCUGAGGACCAGGGAAUCCACGAAGAAGAAGGAGGAGCCUAUGAAAGAGAUAACCAACGCCAAGAUGAAGCGGAAGGAGAUCCAGGCAACAGGCAGGAACCUCAUGAACCAGGGCCCCAGGAAGCUGACCCAGAAGCUGAGGCAGAUACGGCAGCUGUGGAGGAUAUCAACCCAGCAGACGACCCCAACAAUCAGGGGGAAGAUGAAUUUGAGGAAGCUGAGCAAGUGAGAGAAGAAACCCUGCCAGAGGAAAGUGAGGAGCAAAGACCAAGGGAGCCCAAGCGAGAGAAUGCAGAGAUGGAUGAGCACUUGGUGAUGGCAGGGAAUCCAGACCAGCAGGAGGAUAAUGUUGAUGAGCAGUACCAGGAAGAAGGAGAGGAAGAGGUUCAGGAAGAUCUGACUGAAGAGAAGAAAAGGGAAUUAGAGCACAAUGCUGAAGAGACCUAUGGUGAUAAUGCUGAUGAUAAAAAUAAUGAUGGCGAAGAACCAGGAGCUCCAGAUGGUGCCCAUUCCAAAAGAAGGGAGGAGCAUUAUGAAGAGGAGGAAGAUGAGGAAGAAGAGGGGGCCGCUAUCGCUGAGAAAUCACAUCGGAGAGCAGAAAUGUAGCUGGACCCAAUUUCUAGGCUACGCUCAGCCAUCCAUUUUUUUUUUCAAGCUGCUCUAAAACAAGUCCCGCCUACUGAAUUCUAGAAUAUUUAAUUACAAACAAAAGUAAGGGUUUAGACUUUUUUAACUUUUAUAUUAGAAAUGCUAUACAUUUAUAUGAAUAUAUUUUGAUAACUUAGAACUUCUUUUAUAGUCAAGUUAAACAUGGAGAAGAAGGAAAAACAAUCAGACAUGCCUUCAGGUCUGACUCUCACUCCUCAGAGACGGUGUGAUGUUGGAAAGUGCUUGGCUUUGGUGCAUGUCUCAGCUCGUUACUUUUUUCUUUUCUGGCUUCCAGGGAGUCUACCGUUUAUAUUGGAUAAAAGGCAGGAUUGGAUUUAGAAACAAGAUGUACUGAAAAACACUGUGCAAAUGUCGAGGGAAUGACCGGUAGGUAGCCUAGUGGCUAUUCCUGCAGGUUCUUAGGUACGGCUCUGAUAGGAUGUCACUGCUACAGGCUGUCUGGAAAUGAGAUCCCUCUGCGCCUUUGACAUGUAAUUGGAAAGGUGUGUGUGUGUGUGUGUGUGUGUGUGUGUCAGAGCAAAGACAUUGUGUUUUCAAACUUUCAGGUUAGUUAGCAGUGCUGAAAGAUCACAGCUGCCAUGUUCGAGAGGAAUCAAGUAUGAAAAUCGAGUAAUAUUAAUACCCCUAGGAAAGUAUCUUGGACUUGGUCUUUAGUUAUAGAGGCCAAACAAGGGCUGACACACUUAGAAACUGAUCGAGUCUGUGUGAAGUUGCUUCCUGGGUGACCUCCCAGUCUCCAUUUUUUCUUAUCUAAAGUCUCUUAGUUAUAUUCUCCUUGGUAUCCAGUUUCUACAGCACAUAUUUCUCCCUUAAGCUCUGUGCCUUGGUAUGUAACUAUUUGGAUCACAGCUAUCGAUAUGAAAGCAUGCAAUGUUACAGUUUAAUAAGAUUAUUUUUCAGAACUAUAUCGUGAAAUAUCUAUAGCACUAUGAUAAGAACUGCACCCUCAGUGGCUUUACUGUUUACCCAGAAUUGACCUGCCUUCGACUAUAUAUAAGGCAUUUUAAUGGCUGUGAGUAAUAAUACAUCCCUUAGGAGAAAAUACAAAGUGGAAAUUUUUCCCAUAAAUGAGCACAUAUUUCAGCUUGGAUCAUCAAUAUGGUUAAACACGUAGAACUGGGUCACAAUUCAUCUGUGUGUGGUUUUUAAAUGCCACUUUCAAAAUCAUAAAUGAAUUUCAUUUUGUGCUCUUAUGGUAUGAAUGUAAUUUUAGUUUUUAAUAGCCACAGUCAUGUGUAUGUGUGCAUAGAACUGUUCCGUAUUUUGGAUUACUAGUAGCCAUAAAUCAAAUCUCAUCUUUAUGUAUAAAAGCCCCACUAUGUAAUGUAAAAUGUAUAAUAUUGUACAUAAUACUCAGAAUACAAUUAUUUUGGUAAAUUAGUUUGUAUUUUAAUGUCCCGGUUGCAGUAUUUAAUUAUUUGAAACAUAUUGAACCUAGGGUAUUAACCAAUAAAGAUAUGAAAAGUGAGGGGUAAGUCUUUUAAAGCAUAUAAUUUCUUAGUAGUUUGUGAGCUACAGUUUUUCUUUAUAAGAAGAAUAUAAAUCAAUGAAUUAUUAAAUGCCUUUGCCAAACUGCUUCACUUCCUUUCUUUUUCUGCUUUGAUUGGCGCUUGAGUUCUCUUCCUCCAUCAUCUUACUGAAAGAAGGAACUAAGGACUUUCAUUGUCUUUAAGCUAACUUUGGGGACUACAAAUAAGAAAUUGCUCUUUAAAAGCAUGAGAAAGCAUGAGUGUCAUGUUUACUUAAUUACCAGUCACAAACCAUUCUGGAUUAGUUCUAACUCCAUGUUAGAAGAGCAUUCUAGUGAGAACUAAAUCCAGAUGUGAUCCCCAUUAGCGAAAAGAACAGAUGUAAAUUAUCAGUUAGAUUCAUCUUUCCAAGUACUCUGUAACUUUUGGUUGGCCAAGAGUCAGAGGAGUGCUGGGGAAAGAAUUCAGUUGGUUCAGUACUUGAUGUCUAAGCGUGAGGGCUUGUUAUAGCCCUAGCACCUAGACAAAUAAGCACAAUGCACUGUCAUCUGAGCAUUUGAAAGGUGUAAGCAAGAGGAUCUCUGAGGCUUGCAGGCUAGCCAGAGUAGAUGAAGAUACCAAAUGUGGAUUUCUGCUUCCACGUACACAGAAGUCAAAGUAUUUCGUGCCCAAGAAUUUAUUAGAAGGAAAGGAAAGCACUCAAUGAGGCAUGGGUGCCUAGUAUAGAGCAAAAGAGCGCAGACGCAGUGAAUCGCUAUUAGCAAGUGAUCAGAGAAGAUCUAUUGAUACAGAGCAUCACCUGAGCCGCAGGUACCAGUAACUGACUCUUAGCAAGGAAAAGGACUGGCGUGUAUUGAAUGCCUUCACAGUGUGUGAAGUAGGAGACCUGGGCUCUCUUCAGUUCUCGGUGCUCCCUUGUCACUGAGGGCAUUUCCUUUUAGGUUGAUGAAGUGGCCAUUGGAACAUUUGAUACGUUUGCCUACUCUGGAUUUGUCAUUUUGUGUGUGUGUAGCUCUUGAGACACCUCAUGAUCCAUUCAUAAUAAAGCAGGACUAGAGUAUGCCGCCUUCAUUCAGAUAUCUUCCUGCAGCUGUUCUGUGUCUUCCGUGGUUCCUUUGUGUGUACUUCCUGACUGCUUUCUCAGUUCGGCUGAGACUGCUUCUUACAUCUUCCCCUAAGCACUGGUACCAGGUAUCCUGUCUCUGAUUGACCCUUCUCCUGUGUCUCAUUUAUUUUCUCAGCCCAAUUUUCUACGUCCCAUUCUAUCCCCAAAGCCAUAAUUUUCAAAACUGCAUUUGCUUUUACCUUAUAAAACCUACUUCUCUUUCUAAAAUGUGUCUUCUUUCACUAAGUUUUACCAAAUAGAAGCAUGAAGUCCAUCUUUAAUUCCGUCUUCCCACUCCACAGGCUACUACCAACAUACCUUCUGUCUGCCCACUGUCCUGGUCCAGACUCACUUAUCAAUAUUUCCCUGCAGAGUUUCCUUGUUCCUAACCCCUAAAGCCUGAAUCAGUAGGACUGUAAAGAUAACCUUACCACCCCACUAAUGCGCAGUCAUUUAAGAAAUUUCCAAACCUGUAAACACAGUCCAUACAAUUCUUCGUGAUGUAGCCCCGCCUUAAUUCUUGAGCCUAGUAAGUUACUUUUUAAUAUGAACUACGAUAAGUAUGAUUUGUGUAUGUCAAACACAUCCUUCUCUGAUUUCCUUGAUAACUAAACUUGGUCCUGGCCUCUGGAUGAAAACUGACCAGCAGAGCUGAUGGUAUACUUCAUCUAUUGGAAAAGGCACAUGAUCCAGGCAGGACAGGUAAUUGACUCAACACAUACCAAUUUGAUUUCCUCUCUGAGGCAUUGUUAUCGGAAGGCAAUUUCAAUAUGGUGUCCCCGAGCACUUUGUAACAGUGUUUAUCAUGCCCUGGCUUUUCAAGGAUAUCAGAGCAAGCAGCCUCCAAAGCUAGAGAUAUAUAGCCCUUGGCCAUAGGGUGGGUGUGUCUUCUGGUUUACCUUCAGGUCAAGAUUUGGACAAGUUUGCUAGAAGAACCUUAAUAAAAUGAGGGAUCCCUACAAUAGGGAAUCAGACAUCAUACAUCAGGAACUUACAAGGAUGGAAUAUGACUUCAUCCAUGAUGCUUGGAAGGGAAGGGACUAGUGUGAAGAUGAAAGGGGGAAGCCCCUGCCGCCUCUGAUCCAGGUGUGCAGAGUUCUCUCCUUUCCUGGAUGAUUUCUUUGAGUCUCCCCUAGGCUAGCAGCUCCUUCAGGAACUGCCUUCUAAGUUGGAAUAUACUUAAUGACCAAUUGUGUCUCACAGAGACUUGAGGAGUCACUGCCACACAGUGAGAACCGUAGAUACAAUACAAGGGAGUUUCAGGAUGGCUGUGUUCUCCUAAGACUUUAUGUAAACAAAGCUGGGUACCUCUGCAACUACAGAAUGCUGAUCUACAUGGCCCAAAUACUUAAUGGGUAAAAACAGUACUUCGACAGGAAACAGGAUUUUGAAGCCUUCAGGAAUUAUGGAUAUCUAUUCCUUUGUUGUUAUCCCUUUCAUUUUUUAGUUGGCAAGCACUCAGCAGUAUCCGGGCUGCUACAUCUGUACACCAUUUUAAAUAAUUGGAAAUGAAAUAUUUUUGUCCUUUACCAUCUUGGCUGACCUUGUUCUCCCCAUUGCCUGCAUGUUCCUAAUGGAGCUUGAAAUUAAAUGUCAUUUCUGUUUAUCUGUUAUCACAUAUUUCUGUUUUCGUAUUAACACAUCUACAGCAUUGCCCUGAAAGUACAUGUCUUCAGAAGAACUGCUUCAUUGGACAACAUGGUCUUGAGCAAGACCAGACGAUGUCUUUUGAUCUCGUGUGUUCUUUCUUCUCUGAAGAUACGUGUACCAAUUAUAUUUGGUGGCCCACUCACUCGUUACGGUUUUGAGAGUUUGGGGUGUUUGUGGGUAUUUGACUUUUGUUAAGUUCAUUUGCUCUACUAGAAUUAGUCAUGAAAAUUGUUGUUAUUUACGUAUUUUAAUUUUAACACACAGUCUUGCUAAGUUGCCCAGAUUGGAUCUGAAGUUUCAAUUCUCCUCGCUUUACUCCUCUAUUAGUUAUAAUUCAUGGUCCGCAAGCCCUGGGUCUGGCUUAGAUGUGGAUAUGUGAGAGCAUGUGCUGUGGAGCUCAGGGGACAACCUCAGGUGUCGUUUUGUCUGAGUUCUCCACCUCCAUGUUUAAAAGAGGGUUUUUGAUUUUCUUUCAUUUGCCUGGAACUUGCCAAGAGGCGAGGCUGGCUGGACACUGAGUCCCAGAGACUUGCCUGUUUGUCUCCUUAACACUAGGAUAACAGGUGAGUAUCACUGUUCCUGGCACGUUUAGAACAUGUGUCUAAUCAAACUCAGGUGCUCGUAGCUGUGCAGCAUGCAUAUAACCAAGUGAGCUAUCUCUCUCUAGCCAUACCUUAAACAUUUCAAUAAGUGCAGUCAAAAUAUCUUUUAUAUCCCUCAACUCUAGCCAAUUACUUUCUGUGAUGGUUUCAAAGUUUGUUGAGGGAAUCUUCUGGAGUCUAGCUUUGCUUCUCUUGAGUGUGCAAAGAAUUUACUUAUUGGCUUAAGAAAACUAAAAUUUAAGAGGAAUAACCAUGUGGGACUCAGAGGUCAGAUUCUAAAAGAUAACGUAUCCUCCUCGCUCUGGGUUUUGAAUCGCUCACUAUGAAAUGCCAGCAACCAAAUCUCGAGGACUACACAGCCAGCCUUUGGGGAAGCCCUUCCUCCACACCGACUGGAGCUGAUGUUUCCUGACAAUGGCAACAUAAGAGAACUCGGAGGGAGUCAAUCCUCAAAAUCCUGUCAAGCCUUCAGAUGAUGCAUCUGCAUUGUGUGACAUGGGAAGCGUGUGCAGAGCAACCCAGAAAUGUCAUUUCAGACUCCCCUAGAGUUUGAAAAACACGGCAAUAGCUAUGGCAUCCAUUUCUGAGUGGUUUGUAAGUCAAAGGAAAGUGGGUAGUGUCGACUCUGGCGUACAGCCACACUGCCAGUGCCCCUGGCCAUCUAGCCAGGUGCUCCGCUCUGUUAGCGUGGAAGGUGGAGUUCAACCAAUGAGCCAAACAAGUUGAAGCCAGUUUAUUUGUUGAAAAUUGUUAGAUGAUUUAAGAGAUAUCUAUAGCCUCUCUACCUUGUCUAUACCCUUGGUAACUUUUUGUUUGUUUUUACUGUGUUGUUUCGUUUAAGAGAUUCCAAGUCUUUUCUCAAUAAAAUGAGAUCAAGAUCUCUGAGAAAAAAAGUCUAGACACCAGUAUUUAUUUAAAAAAAAAAAAAGUCAUCCCAACAAAUUGUCAUUG